AUGCAGACGCCGAGCGGCCCUCAUGAUUUUCCCCAAACCCCUUCCUUGUUAUUUAUUUCCACCAGCAGCAGGCAAGAAAGGGUAACCGCCGCCUCGUCUUCUCCUCAGAAAGCCAAGCUCGUUUUGGAAUGGAGACUGGAAAGAAUGCUCAACGACGGGGAGAAGGAUCGCAGCCCCUACUCCAAUUUGAUAUCUCUCUGUGCGGAGAUUCGAAGUGUCCCGCUGGCUGUAUCAGUGUUUACUUCGAUGGAGGAUCGUGGGAUUCAGGCCACAGCUUCAGCUUUGAAUUCCCUGAUUCAUACUUGCUUGUCAUCAAACGAGGCCAAAAGGGAAGCGCUUACCCUCCAAAUGCACCGAAUUAUGAAUCUCUAA